CACUUCCUUUUAAUGUCCACAUGUGAGAAAGGGAACACCAGUCAUUAUGGCUCAUUACAAUUUUAAGAAAAUUGCGGUUGUUCCUCCUGCAAAGGACUUUGUGGACAUAGUCUUAUCGAAGACACAGAGAAAAACUCCAACUGUAGUGCACAAACAUUACAAGAUCAGUCGGAUUCGGACGUUUUAUAUGCGAAAAGUGAAGUUCACACAGCAAACUUUUCACGACAAGCUGACUCAAAUCCUCACGGAUUUUCCGAAACUAGAGGAUGUCCACCCAUUUUACGCUGAUUUAAUGAACGUAUUGUAUGACAAAGAUCACUACAAAUUAGCAUUGGGCCAGAUCAACACUGCAAGGCAUUUGAUUGACAAUGUUUCGAAAGAUUAUUGUCGCUUGUUGAAAUAUGGAGACUCCCUCUACAGAUGUAAACAAUUGAAGAAAGCAGCCAUGGGAAGAAUGUGCACCAUAAUGAAACGUCAGAAGCAGAGUUUGGAGUACCUGGAACAGGUUCGUCAGCAUCUGUCACGUCUGCCUUCUAUUGAUCCCAACACCCGCACUUUGCUGAUCUGCGGCUUUCCUAACGUCGGAAAGUCAAGUUUCAUCAACAAGAUCACUCGAGCUGAUGUAGAAGUGCAACCAUACGCCUUCACUACCAAAUCUUUGUAUGUUGGUCACACAGAUUACAAGUACCUCCGGUGGCAAGUGAUUGACACUCCAGGAAUUCUGGAUCAUUCUCUUGAAGAGAGAAAUACCAUUGAAAUGCAGGCUAUUACAGCUUUGGCUCAUCUGCGUGCAGCUGUACUCUAUGUCAUGGAUCCUUCCGAACAGUGUGGAUAUUCCAUUGAGCAACAAAUUGAACUUUUCAAUAACAUUAAGCCUCUUUUUGUGAACAAGCCAUUGCUUAUUUGUACAAAUAAAGUUGACGUCAUUCGCCUGGAAGAUCUUCCUACAGAGAAAGCAGAGCAGUUCAAAGUGUUUGAAGAAAGUGGCAUACCAUUAUUAUCUAUGAGCACAUUAACAGAAGAAGGGGUUAUGGAUGUUAAAAUACAAGCAUGUGAAAAAUUGCUCCAGUACAGAAUUGACACUAAGAUUAAGGGGAAAAAAGUGAAUGAUGUUAUGAACAGACUUCAUGUUGCAAUGCCAGCUAAACGAGAUAACAAAGAAAGACCACCAUGCAUCCCAGAAUCUGUGCAGAGUUUAAAGAAAACCAUGGAUACCGAUGUGAAAUCCAAAAAGAAGUCGUUAAGAGAUCUUGAAAUUGAAGAAGGGGAUGAAUACACUGUGGAUUUAAGAAAACACUGGAAUUUACCCAAUGAAGAAGAAAAGUAUGACAUCAUCCCAGAAAUUUGGCAAGGCCACAAUGUAGCAGACUUCAUCGAUCCCGACAUCAUGAAGAAAUUGGACGAGUUAGAAAAGGAGGAAGAAAUGAGAGAACAAGCAGGCUACUAUAAUAAUGAAAGUGAAGAAGAGGAUGAUGAAAUGAAAGAGAUCAGAAAAACAGCACGGAAGAUCAGGGAAAAAAGAAAUAUUAUUAUGCUGGAAUCUAAAGAAAAGAGAAGAGUAGAAAAACCAAAACUGCCUAGGAAGAAAAUGAGCACAGACAAAAUGAACAGGGAGCUUGGAGCCCUGGGUAUUGAGAUGGACUCGGAUGAGGACACUCACCUGAAUCAAAUGCGAUCAAGAAGUAAGAGCAGGAAGGCCUUAAAGAGAAAGAGAGAAGAGUCCAUGGAUGUUGACAAACCUAGAUCAAGGAGUCGGUCAGUCAGCAAAGCUCCACGGGAUCAGUCCGGAGUCAGGGAUGCCAAGAUGGCUAGGAAGGUCAAAACCAUCGGCAGGAAGGCGCAAGUGCCCAGAAACCGGGAAGCCAAAAAGGGAGAGGGUGAUCGGGUCAUUCUGAACAUGAAACCUAAACAUCUGUUUGCUGGAAAGCGCAAAGGUGGAAAAACUGACAGGCGUUAAUUUUUGUAGUUGUUUUAUUCUUGUUUUUUUUGUAACAUCACUGAUUUAUUGAAUUAUCACAAUUAAAAUGACAUCAUGUGAUAAACAAGUAAUAAAUUGUAAUGAGCCAUU